AGAGAGAGGUGUAAUAACGUCGUACUUCAAUCGAAGCGCAUUGUUAUACCGCAUUCGCACGAGGAGCUCGGCGUUCGAGUAGCCCGUUCAGACCGCGUCCGGUUGAACCCGUUUUUUUUUCGAGGAACCCGAAGCGGACCAACGGUUGCGGGGGUUUGUGUGAAAGUUUAGAAAAUGGAUAAGAACGACCUGGUACAGAAGGCCAAGCUCGCCGAGCAGGCCGAGCGCUACGACGACAUGGCGGCGGCCAUGAAGUCGGUGACGGAGCAGGGCUCGGAGCUGUCGAACGAGGAGCGCAACCUUCUCUCGGUGGCCUACAAGAACGUGGUGGGAGCGCGGCGCUCAUCCUGGAGAGUCAUCUCCAGCAUCGAGCAGAAGACCGAGGGCAACGACAAGAAGCAGCAGAUGGCGCGCGAAUACCGGGAGAAGAUCGAAGCCGAGCUGCAGGAGAUCUGCCACAACGUGCUCGGGCUACUGGACAACUUCCUCAUUAGCAAUGCGACUGUGGCUGAGAGCAAGGUGUUCUACCUGAAAAUGAAAGGCGACUAUUAUAGAUACCUGUCCGAGGUUGCAUCUGGGGACACCAAGAAGGAUACAGUGGAUAAUUCCCAGCAGGCGUACCAGCAAGCCUUCGACAUCAGCAAGGGGGAGAUGCAGCCGACGCACCCGAUCCGGCUCGGCCUGGCCCUCAACUUCUCAGUCUUCUUCUAUGAAAUCCUCAAUAACCCGGACCAGGCUUGCGCUCUGGCUAAAGGGGCAUUUGAUGACGCCAUCGCUGAACUUGACACUUUGAACGAGGACUCCUACAAAGACAGCACCCUGAUCAUGCAACUACUAAGGGACAACCUGACUCUGUGGACAUCAGAAAACCAGGCAGAUGAGGCAGAGACCGGAGACGGGGAAAACUAAUGGAAUUGCACUGUUAAUCCACCUCCACUCUUAUCUUAAACACAGACGGCUUAUAUACAUCCCCCCCCCCCUCCACUCCAUCGGCUCCUCCCACUUCUGUAUGACAAGCAGCCUGAAUUGCUUCUGACCAACUAGUUUGCCCCCCCCCCCCCCCUCUCGGUUCUUUGCGAGGUGACAGUGUGAUUUUCAGUUUGCAGAUUCAGUCACUUUGUGGAAACACGUUGUAUUGAUUAGUCCAUGUGGCUGUAGUUUUUGUUGGCGUGUGUGUGUAGUGAGAGAGCAAGCGUGAAAGGGUAUGAGUGUGUGUGUGUGUGCGUCAUGGGUGGGUGGGUUGUUGUUCUGGGGGGGGGGGGGGUUGUUGUGAAUUCUAAUCAUCCUUCCAAAUCCCUUUUGUUCCCGCUAGUUGUGCUUUCUUCUUUUUCUCCGUUAUUUUUCAUUUGUGAAUCCUCCAUAAUAUUGACAGGUUUUAUUGUAUGGUAAUUUUACUGGCAGUCGAUUUCCACCAAACACUGUGAUGGUCGGUGUUCCAUUUCCUCAACACCCCCCCCCCCCCCCCCAAAAAAAACAUUUCUUGUUUUUUGCGUGCGUGUAUGUUUUUUAAUUUUCCCGGCACGCGUACGAUCCUGUAUUAACAACCGACUGCAAUUCUGCUGUGUGCUCAUACAGAAGGAGGCGGGCUGUAUUGUGACGCUGGCAUCUCGGCGUAGCGCUCCUUGAUCACGUUCACAAAUUCACAGUUUCAAAGUUUUUAAGGGACCCCUUAAAUUCUCAUGUUUAGUUUUGUUCAGACAUUCCACAUUUAUUAGGCUUUUCGGAGAAAGGCAGUGCUCCGUUUUCGUAAAUGAUUUUAUUUUAUUAUUUUUUAACUUUAGUAUGGAUUGUCAUUGUAGUUUUACUCACUGUUCAGGUGCUGCUUGAUCUCAGUACAAUGAAAAUUGUAUGUGCGUAAAUGUGGUUCCAUGUAUUUUGCAAGAUUGACUAUCAUCUGUAUGUAAAACCUAAAGUAACCUUUUAUUGAUGUUAAUUGAAAAAAAUGUCUUACCACACUGUAUCGACCCUGCUUGCAAAAUAUUCCUCUUUAAAAGCGGUUGUUUUUCUCCGAAAGAAAAAAAGAAAAGGUUUAAAAAAAAAAAAAUCUGUGCCUGGCUUUCUCUCGCAGGCUCUGGAGGCAUCUGCUUGUUGUUUUUUUAGAAAUCUCAAAGGGAAAAAGAGUAAGACCCACUUUAAACAGUUAAAUUCUGACGUCAGUUUCCACCCAGGUGCAUCUCUUGGCCUUUUUAAAGAUACAGCCGGUUGUCAACGAUCGCCUCCAAAAAAAAUCAGGUCUAUUUUGAAGGUGCAGGAGUCCGAGUCGUGGAAAGAAGCAGUGUCACAAUACCAUUUAUCACACCUACAUUCCACAUAUUGUAGUUGAAGACACCAUUCCACAUUACAGCUGACGGUCUUGUUUGCUCUGACAAAUGCUCCAGUUAAUUGAAAAAUAAUCUUCUGUUUGAGGAAAAAAAUAAAUAAGAAUCAUGUCAGUUUAUUAUUAUGCUUGAUGAAAAUGCAGUUAGUGAAUGUGGAACGAAGCCUGUCUGUAUAUCAGGUAUCUACUUGCUUUGUUUUGACUGACAGUCUUAUGGCAAAAAAUAAUAAUUGCUUCUGUAACAGUCUAUUACCCAGUGCACACACGUGGUUGUGAACAUUUUAGAAUAGCUCUAAAAAAAUAAAUUUUAAAAAAGCAAUGACGAAAUGGAGAUAAACAAUGGUUGGUGUAAUUCUAGCUUUGUGUUUAUGUAUCUUAAAACCUUUCUAGUUUCACUAUACAUGUAAGAAAUAGGAAAGUGUCAAAGACCAUUCAGUGAAAUAAAGUUUCGUUUUAAGAUAA